AUGCCUGCUCCAGUGGGAAACUAUACGCUCGACAUCACCUUUGGCGUCUCCAUCAGGACUCUGCAGUGCUUGAACAAGAUUAUCGAGUUUUCCAAGUUGAAAUCAACGCUUGGCCCUGAUACGCCUUGGCCGAGCGACAAGAUCUCAUCGCUCCUCGACCUCGAAGACGAGCUCUUCGAUCCGCUCGAGGCUCCCGAACUGCUCAAGGACCGCCACUCUUUCCCCAGCGCCGACUCUCAGGGAGGCAUGCCGGGAUACAUUGCCGACCUGAUUACCGACAACCACGUAUUCGCGUUCCAUUAUAGCGCCGCCAUCUUCUUCCAGAGAGCCUUGUGCGACGGCUCUGCUCACAUCACGCCUGCCGUGAAGAGGAGUUCCGAACCCAGGACACGCCCAACAGGCCAAUGUUUGGUGUCAACGGCACUUGACCAUCUCGAGAACAUUGACGCAUUGUCGCGCAACAUCGCCGUAGCAAAUACACUGUGGCCCGGAUUCAUUGCGGCUGUCGAAGCAGUUGAUACAGACUUGAGGCAUCGCGCCUUGAUCUGGCUUGAGCGCGCCAAGCGUCAUGGGAUUGGCAACAUUCAACAGUCUACAUCACUAGUAAUGAAAAUAUGGAGAAGAGCAGAUCGACAGCUUGGGCCCAGGGGAAUCAAGACGGGCUGGGGGUAG